CUUCCACUCCGCCCUGACAGACCAAUUGAGGCAAGCAAGGUUAGGUCAGUGACAAUCACCAGAAGCUGCAAAGGAGCCGAAUCGGAAACUCCCCGGCGAUCGGAUCGGACGGAGGAGAGGAAAAAUGUCGGGCGUCACGAACCAAGAGGAGGACAAGAAGCCGGGCGACCAGUCCAAUCACAUCAACCUCAAAGUCAAGGGCCAGGAUGGCAACGAAGUGUUCUUUCGCAUCAAGAGAAGCACUCAGCUGAAGAAGCUCAUGAAUGCGUACUGUGACCGGCAGUCAGUGGAGCUCAACUCCAUUGCUUUCUUGUUUGAUGGCCGCCGUCUCCGGGGCGAGCAGACUCCAGAUGAGCUAGAGAUGGAGGAUGGGGAUGAGAUCGAUGCUAUGCUUCACCAGACGGGAGGGGCCAAGGCAAUCACAUCGGCCUUCUCAAAUGCUUUAUAUUAGGUGUCUCGUACUUGCCUAGAAACAUUGUCGUAAAUCUGAGACUUGGAACCGUGUAAUCGAUGAUACAUUAACUAUUACUUGAACUGCGUCCCCAUGCCUAAUUAUAGCACACCUCAAAGAACGAUGAUUUCCCUGAUGAAAGGUCACAUUACUUGGUUUCAGGGAGUCCUAA